UGGUGUUUAUUUUGGAUUGCGUUUACCGCAAGUGGUUUCUCAAAAGUUUCUUGUACAAAAGCUGAAUUUUUCAGUUUUGAGAAAUCCCUAUACCCUUUCCAAUUGGCCAGCAGUCUGCGGUUGCGAUGAGCGAACCGCUCUCGGGUCCCUGGUUGCGUUUCGUUUACAACGGGCUGCUGCUGAGUACGGCGGUAUUUUCCGGCCGUAAAAUGCAGCCGGAGGAGCACCCCUUUGCACUUGUCGCUUGUGUGGUGGUUGGAUUCUCUGCGGUUUUCGGACUGUUGAGGGUGAUCUUUGCUAGCGGGCAGCCGGAGGAGUGCCGGAAGUUGAGGGAUAUUACGCACGGUGUCCUGGAACUGGUACCCUUGCCCCUGGUCAAUAUGGAUCUUUACAUGCAGACCACCGGACUAAGUCCUAUUGCCUUGGGUCAUGCCGUCUUCGUACUUCCUUUGGUUUGCGAUUUGGGCUGCUCCUUAGCGAAAGAUCGGCGGGAUUGUGCGUUCAGCGACAGCUUGCGGAAUCUUACGGUUCUGGGCAAUAUUGUAUCCCUCGGUUUCCUGGCAUAUAUGGAGCGGAACUUCCUCUAUCUAAGAAUGAUGCUGGUCAUGAUUGUUGUCAAGUAUGGAGUGGUUUUGGUGGACAGUAUCAAGGAGGAUGCCGGAGAAGAUUUGCAGGUGUGCGGCACAGCUCUGUUUUUACACCUGCUCGGGAAGACGGUGGAGUCCUCCAACUCCUGAUCUUAUCCUUGGUUUAACCCCUAACCGCUCUGUUCGCUUCAAGGGUUUCCUUGUCCCGUUUAAUUUUCCAUGAAUCGACUUUUGACCCGUAUUAAAUUUCAUUUCAGCCACUUUUCAAUUGCUGUGUUCAUGUUUGCUCAUGUUUUUGUAAUUGCUCAAGCACCUUGUGCUUUCUACACUGAGAAUGUAACCCUUUCUUAUGCAUAAUUAGGAGGAAGUUUUGCAUUUAGAUCAUAUUCUAGAUAUAUUCCAGUGUAAACUUGAGUUGUAUCCAAUUAUAAAGCCCAAAAUGUUAAAAUUACAUAUCAAAAUAUCAAAUAGUA